AUGGCAAACAUGGCACAGGCUGUCUGCUGUUUCGAAACUCUCGCAGCAUCUCUAGAGGGUCGGAGUCCGCUUUCGCUCCGCGAAGUCGAAAAGUUGUGGACCAGUUACUUAGCCACUACUUCUCCGGACCUCAUACCGGCUGAUGCUCGGUCCUCUGCAGACGACGAAGCACCUCUCUUUGUCACCUGGAACACCAUCUCACACGUUGAUUCUACUGAUCUCACCCUAAGGGGCUGUAUCGGGACUUUCGAGGCAGCUCCACUCGCCGUCUCCCUACCUUCUUAUGCCCUCACAGCAGCUUUGCAUGAUCCACGCUUCCCACCCAUCGCCCUAAUCGAACUCGAAAUGAUUUCUGUAUGCGUUACCCUUCUCACCAACUUUGAGCCAUGUUCGCACCCGCUUGAUUGGAUGAUCGGGAUUCACGGAAUACGUGUUCAAUUUAUGGCCGACGGUGCAACGUGGAACGCUUGUUAUCUUCCUGAUGUCGCAGUAGAACAGGGCUGGGACCCUGAAGAGUGCGUGGUCAGCUGCAUGCAAAAGUCAGGAUGGAAUGGUGAUUGGCUCAACUGGCGGGACGUUAAAAAUCUAGCAGUAACUCGAUUCCAGGGUACCAAGGCAAGCCUAUCAUUCGAGAACUGGCAAGAUUGGAGGAAGUGGGUGGACGAGCAACCUACACAAGAGUAG